AUGAUCUCAACCGCCUUCCCCACCAUGCGUCUUUUCACCCUCAUCGCCAUCCUGUUUGUCCUCUUGGCCAACCUCACCCACGCCGCUCCUACGACGGCCAUGGAUACCGUCGACAUCAACGCUGCUCGCGGUAUGGCUCGCGACCUUGAGCCUCGCGUCAUCUCCAACCACACCUUUGAUCUCGAGGAGGCCAAGGCCGCCGUCAUUGCUCACGCUAAAAUGCGCCUUGGCGCCGACCGCUUCUCUGGCAACAUCUCUGCCGAAGAAGCCGACGUCCGCCGCAAGAAAUGGCAUGCCAAGGCCCUUGCCUCUUGCAUGGGCGAGGCCUCUGAGCAGCCUAUGCUUGUCGAGAGGGAGAAGAUGUCGAGCCUUGAUGGAGACGAUGUCGACCCUCGUGACAUGGAGGAGAUUCACAAGCGCAGGAGCUUCUGGCAUCACCUCCUUCGCUGCGCUGACUGCGGGUGA